AUGAAACGCCUGCACCCCACCGAACGCGGGAAUGCCAGCCUUCCACCACACACCCGCCCCGUCAGCGCCUGUUGGGUAAAACCAUUCCGCUUCCAUACGUCGAGGACACCAGGAUCCUUCGACUCGGAUACCGCCAUGCCUGCUGCACCGUCUUUCUUUGAUACGCAGGUCGACAAUGUAGCGCCUGUUCGACUGCUUGGCAAGACUAUUCCGCUUCCAGAUGUUGAGGAUGAGACCUUCCCGAUAGGUGUCGUUCCGAAUGCCACGAGCUCGUCCGCCCUGGGUCUCGUUAUUCCUCCUCCAGGACAAGAAUUCCACGCCCCGAAGUCGAGAGGCAGUGCGAGAAGGCAGUCAGCUCCGCAGAACAGUUCCGUUUGUUGUCCACUUCCGACCGAAAUCCUCCAGAUCUGCGAUUCUCUUCCACACCGACUCGGCUGCUCGUGGCGCGACCUCGAGCUGGGCUACCGAUGGUCCAACCAGACCACGCUCUCUCUCCUCUGCCCUCUCCUCGUCCACCAGGCCCGUCGGCUUCUCCUGCACGGCAAAUCCACCCUCGUCGACGUCACGUUUGGGCAGCUGUAUGAAGACCCCGCUCAACCCCGCCCCAUUCUACGAGGGCCCGGUGCAAUCAGGCUCGACAAUCUCGAGUCGCUGUUCAUUACGUCUUCGGCGAAUUUGGCGUUUCUGUUCGAUAAGAAGGCAAUGGCAAUGCCCAAGUUGAAGCGCUUUUCUUUGACGGCUAAUCGUGGCUCGUGUUCGGUCUCGAGUCCUGUUGUGCUCGAUCAUACGCUCGACGUACCUUGGGGCAACCUUGAGAGCCUGUCUCUCAUGAACGAGUCACCGUCUUCAUGCAAUGUUCUGCUCAUCCUUUCCAACUGUGAUCGCCUGCGACAGUUCUCCUGGACCGGUGAUUUGGAGCGCUUUGCGGUGUCAGGGCGUCUUUCAGCAUCGAAACUCCUACAGCUGGAAGACCUGACCAUCAACUCCUCUUCUGAGGGAUGUAAUGCCCUCGUCAAUUACUUCCCUAAGGAGAUCAUACGAAAUAUCAAGAAGGGCUUCUUCACCUCGCUUCCUUCAGCAUUCACAAGCAACUUGACCAGUUCCGAGUUGACGCACCUCGCCAUACACGAUGCCAUUCCGCUACAAAUUUUAUUCGCCCUCCUAGGCGGGCUGAGAUAUCUCAAACACGGGAAAUUCGCAAAACCUCAAAAGUUUGCAACUCUCAAUCUCUGA